AUGGCCAGGGUACCAUGUGCAGCGUCCAUGCUGUUACUGCUGGCGCUCUACUCUCCAGGGGUGACCUCGACCCCGGUCCAGCACCUGUGUGGCUCCCACCUGGUGGACACCCUGUACUUUGUAUGUGGGGAACGGGGCUUUUUCUCCAGUCCAAACCGAGCCCAAAAGCGGGACCUGGAGCAUCUGCUCGGGUUCCUGUCUAAAAGGGCGAGACAGGAGCAGUGGAUGUGGAGGGCUCUGUCUGGCCGUGAAGAGCCCAAGGUGAAGAGAGGCAUCGUGGAGCAGUGCUGCCAUAAGCCAUGCAGCAUUUACCACCUGGAGGGCUACUGCGACUGA